CAUAGUAGUCAGGAAUCAGAUAAUAAUCAUACAGAAUCUACUCAACAUAUCUCAUCAUUAGAACUAGAGAAUAGACUGUUACGCAAUGAAGUUUCUUCUCUUAAUACUGAAAUGGCUUCAUUACUAGCCAGAUCUAAAGAUUCUCAGAAAGAACUUGAAAAUACAAAGAAACAAAUCCAUUCUUCAGCAUCUCAGAAUGAUCAGAUAAUUAGAGAGUUACGUGCUAGAGAGAAUGAUUUAUCUGAAGCUCUAACAGCUAAAGAUUCUCAGUUAGCUAUUUUACGUGUUAGAUUAGAGGAAGGAGAUAACUCUGUUACUAAUUUAAAACAACAAAUAGAUGAAUUACAAUUGCAGAGAACAAGAAUAUUACAAGAUCAUACAGAUUCUAGUGGUAUGCACAGUCAGGCUCUAGACUCACUGAAAGAAAAGUUAAUUGAAGUAGAAGCAGCUUUAAAAAGAGAACAAGAAGCAUAUAAACAGUCUCAGCAAGAAGCUACAGAUAGACAGAGUAAAUUAGAACAAGAACAAAAAGCAUUGGCAGAUGCAUUAACACAGGCAGAAAGAAGGGCAGCUGAAGAAAAAAAUAAGACACUAGAAGUAAAUAAUCAGUUAAAAUUAAUGAAAUUAAACUUAGAAACAAGUAGACUAGAAUUAACAGAUUAUAAAGAUAAAGCUUCAAGAAUUCUACAGUCUAAAGAUAGAUUAAUAUCUAGUUUACGUGAAGGAGGAGCUAGUGGUAUAGGAGAAGGUAGUGGUAUAUCAUCUAUAGAGUUUGAUUCUAUUAAACAAGAAAGAGAUAUGUUAAAAGAAGAAUUACAACAGAGUAAAAUGUUGAUAGAGAAUUAUAAAGUAGAACUACAGGAUUUAGAAGGGCAGCUACAACAAGAGAGUGAUACAGCCUCAGAACAGAUCCAGUCUCUAGAAGAUAAUUUAUCAGAAGAAAAGAGACGUAGAGAAGAUAGUGAACAGGAAUUAUUAAAACAAAAACAGGAAUUACAAUAUGCUAUAGAUGAAAUAAAUAAACAGAAAACAUCAUUUCAAUCUCAGCUAUCAGCUAGAGAAUCUGAAAUAGAUAAACUGAGAAAUCAGUUGAUGACUAAAAGUUUAAGUAGUGUAUCAGAAACAGAACUAGAAUCUCGUGUCCGAGCUUUAACAGAAAGUUUAAUACAGAAACAAACAAUGUUAGAAUCAUUAAGUACAGAGAAAAAUUCAUUGGCAUUACAACUAGAGAGAUUAGAGCAACAAUAUCGUGAUGUUCAGCUAUCAGCAAGAUCUGCACCAGCUCAUGUUCAUAUAGCAGAUGAUGAUGAUGGUAGAGUACCAACCUUUAUGAAAGAAGCUGCUAAUGACACUGAAGUUACUAGAAGAAUGAAGAGAGCUGCUAAUGGUAUUGAUAGAUUUAGUAUCCGUUUAGGAAUAUUUUUAAGAAGAUAUCCAAUUGCCAGAGUGUUUGUUAUUUUAUACAUGGGUUUGUUACAUGUUUGGGUAAUGAUUGUUUUAUUGACAUAUCAACCAGAAGUUCAU